GAUGGGGGUGAACUAAAGAGAGCAAUAGUACACACAUUUAAAGGACUGCUUGAGUGACGUUUUGUUCAUAGUAACGGACACAGAGUAAGAGGAGGUGAGAGGUGAACAGGAAAAUCACUGAAGAAGGGGAAAGCAAGAAGAGGGUGUGGCCAAUCAGGCCUCUAAUCCUGAAUUAUCUGGUGAGUCAGUCUCAAUCCUGGACAGACCCAGAUUAAACAACCAUUACUCCACCGCUCGUGGGCUUGAGUCAAUAUAAAAGAGGCAGAAGAGGAGGCUAAAGGUUUUAGAGGAAACACCGAGACUCAAGUUUCUCCUGUAAUCUGCGCUGGAUCGGUGUUGAGAGACGGGCCAAUCCUCAGGAACAUGGCGCUCCUGAAGUCAGGCUGGCUGUGGAGACAGAGUUUGGUCUUCAGACGCUGGAAGUUGAACUGGUGUGAUCUGUGGAUCGACGGGAGUCUUGUCUUCUAUAAGACCGACAGCAGGCGAGACUUUGAGCACCGUGUCCGCCUCAAGACGUCAUGUGUGGAUGUCAGAUCGGGCCUGGAGUGUGGAGAAGUGACUCCACCAGAGACUAACCCCAAGGAGAAUCUCGUGGUGGUUCAGCUCAGAGACGGCUCGACGAUCAAUUUGUGUGCCAACAGCGAAGAUGAAGCCAUAGCGUGGAAGCUGACUCUGCUGGAGACCAGAAGAAACCCGGUGUUCACUUACGACCCGUACGACGACUCGUACCAGGCCAUCCCCAUCAACAGUUACCAGACAGUCUACAUCGCAAACGGAGCAGGACCAGGCACCCAUCACGUGGUCGUUCAGCGGGACCCAUUUGACGGCGUGGCGGAGCAGAUUGCCGUGGGAUUAUUGGCUGGUAUGGCGGCGGGGGCGGCCAUGCGGUCCUUCCUCUGGAUGCCCCUGUUCUUCUGCUGAGCGGCGCUGCACAGCCUCCCUGGCACCGUGAGCGGAGAGGCCGAGCCUGAGACCCUGUGAGCACGUGUAGACCUGAGGACGCGACCCACUACCCUUAACCUUACCCUGACUUUCCUUCACUACCUCCUCCUUUCCUUUGAGACUCGGAAACUUAUUUUGACGUCGCCAUCUUGCAGGCUGCCCCCAAAACCCCAAAAAGCAUCUUCAGACUGUCUUUCAAGGAACCUUUGAGCGAGAAUGAGGAGGAUCCUAUCAGGAAGCCACAGCCGGUCCUAAUUAUCUUACACCAGUCGCUGCAAAAUGUUGGAUCCAUUGUGCUCACGGCCUUUUUAAUAUGCAGGGUUUAUACACAUGUCAUAUACAUUUAUACACACCCCAGGUCAGCUGUAAAAAGUUGAUUACCAGCUGUCAUUUUCUGUUUCUGUUUGCAAUAAUAAAAUGGGCUUGUAGAUUAUUGGAUAACCUAAAAUAUUGAUUUUGGCUUGAUUUCAAUGUGUAUUAUUAAAGUGCCCUGCAUCAUAAUGAUACCCAGCACAAAGGUUUAUUAGACACUCUAUUAAUAACAUUCACUAAUAGACAACUUCAGACACUGUACUCUUAUUUUAAGCAUUAAUGGGAUACAGAGCUUUUUUUGUUUUCCCCUCCAAGCUUUCGCUGACAAUCUUGCCAAAACAAAAACAUACUCCUGUUGUUAAAAAACAAAAUGUUAAGGAUCAUGUCUGCUGUGCAAACUGGUUGCUGUAAUUGGUAUAUUUUUUUUGUUACUGAUGGAAUAACUGAAAAGCUGAAAAAAAAAAAAAAAAAAGCUAUGUGGCUGUACGGGUUGCCUCUACUUUAUCAAUUUAGAGUAAUUAAGCAUUUGCAAAACAACAGCUUGUUAAUUAUAUAUCAGGAUGUUCUUUAUCUACAACCUUAAUCUGAUGGAAAAAGAGAUUAUGUAAACUCCAAGAAAAUCUACAGUCACCUGCCAAUAAAACAAUCCAUAAAGACCCAUUUAA